GCAACAAUGUGACGUCACACCCGAGUCGCCUCAACUAAUCCAAACGUCGCCAGCUGACGCUCCACAACAUCGACAGCUCACCUCCUUCGCAGAAGCAUUUAACAACAGCAUGGCUGCUCAGAAAAUAAACGAAGCCCACGAACACAUAGCCAAAGCCGAGAAAUGCUUAAAGACAAGCUUCACAAAAUGGAAGCCGGAUUUUGACAGCGCUGCCUCAGAAUAUGCUAAAGCAGCUGUAUGCUUCAAGAACGCCAAGCAGUACGAGCAAGCAAAGGAUGCCUACCUGAAGGAGGCAGAGUAUCACACGGAGAACAAAACGCUUUUCCACGCUGCCAAGGCUAUUGAACAAGCAGGCAUGAUGAUGAAAGAGCAGAAAAAGAUGCCCGAGGCCAUCCAGUACAUCGAGAAGGCGUGUAUGAUGUACAUGGAGAACGGGACACCUGAUACCGCCGCCAUGGCGCUGGACCGUGCUGGGAAGCUGAUAGAACCGCUCAAUCUGGAGAAGGCUGUGGACUUGUAUCAGAAGGCCGCUGGUGUGUUUGAGAAUGAGGACCGUCUGCGUCAGGCUGUGGAGUUGCUUGGCAAAGCUUCCAGGUUGUUGGUGCGAUUAAAAAGGUUGGACGAAGCUGCUGUAGCUCUGCAGAAAGAGAAGAACAUGUACAAGGAGAUUGAGAACUUCCCAAUGUGCUUCAAGAAAACGACAGCCCAGGUCCUGAUCCACCUUCACCGAGCCGACUACGUUGCUGCUGACAAGUGUGUCCGAGAGAGCUACAGCCUGCCAGGUUACAGUGGUAGCGAGGACUGCAUCGCCAUGGAGACACUGCUGCAAGGUUACGACGAGCAGGAUGAGGAUCAAGUGUACCGGGUGUGCAACUCCCCCCUGCUCAAGUACAUGGACAAUGACUACGCCAAGCUGGCCAUCUCACUGCGGGUGCCUGGCGGAGGAGGCAAAAAGAAAAAGGCCGCCGCUGCUCCAGCAGGGGGCGCUGACGGGGAGCCGACAGCUGCCGCUGAGGACGAAGAUGAGUACGAGGGGGGGCUUUGUUAGCCUCAUCCCACCAUCCCGCUCCUUUCGUUCUUCCAUCUGAAACCUUCACCAAUUCUUUGCUGUAAUGGCCACAAAAGGCCCAUGUUAUGAAAAAGAAAAUUAAAAAAAAAGUAAAAUAUUACAAAUGCUCCAGUAGAUGUUGCAGAUGAAUUUUAAUUUCAAGUGGAAGCAGAGAAGAUGUCCUUUUCACGCAUCGUCACGUGCAUGUGUACAUUUGUUGUGCGUCUUGAGAAAAAUAUGUCAAAUGCGUGUAUGCAAUAGCUAUUGAAUUGAUUCAGAAUUGUAAUCAUAACCCAAUUGCAUGACUCUACAAGCUCAACAGAAUGCAAAUGAACACAAAGGUUAGCUUGUAGACAGUUGUUUCCUCUUUGUCUACCUCCAGCUGUGUGUGCGUUACCAAUUUUAAAGUAUUUUAGCAUAAAAUGCUGAGUCAUCUUACUGUUUCUCGAAGGAAAUAACAGAUGGUUUUUUUUUAUUUUGUGAUCUUGCCCAUGUGUACAUUCCUGAAGAAACAAAUAUUGUUCUCUGAUGUAUAUUUGAUGUGCACAUACAAUAAACAAUCUUUAAAAUGUCUUAA